AUGGAGAAUGCAAGCGAAAUGCCGCUUACCCAGAUGAGGAAAUCUGUCGAGAAGCUUGGCUCGUCCACUGAGAAAUAUGGAGACCCGACAUUGAUGAGGUUCCUGAUUGCGAGGUCAAUGGACACAGGCAAGGCUGCAAAGAUGUUUGUUCAGUGGCAGAAAUGGAGGGCGUCGUUUGUUCCAAAUGGGCUCAUCUCAGAUUCUGAAGUCCCUGAUGAAUUGGUAGCUAAGAAGAUAUACUUGCAAGGUUUGUCAAGAGAGGGAUACCCAUUGUUGAUUGUCAAAGCAAGCAUGCAUUACCCAUCUAAAGAUCAGCCUCAAUUCAAGAAGUUCGUUGUUCAUCUGCUGGACAAAACUAUAGCCAGCACAAUCAAGGGAAGAGAAGUCGGAAACGAGAAGUUGAUGAUCAUCUUGGACUUGCAGCAAAUUGGAUAUAAAAAUGUGGAUGCUCGUGGGUUUAUCACUGGCUUCCAGUUUUUGCAGGCUUACUACCCAGAGCGCUUGCACAAGCUGUACAUCUUAAACAUGCCGCGAUUCUUUGCGAGCGUAUGGAGGAUAGUGUCGCGAUGCCUCGAGAAGGCUACAUUAGAGAAGAUAAUGAUAGUUACCAAUGACAAAGAGAUGGAAGUACUUGUGAGGGAAGUCGGGGAAGAGACAUUGCCAGAAGAGUACGGAGGCCGGGCUGAGCUUGUGGCUAUUCAGGAUGUCACAUUGGCGUUUCCUCGAUUGGAAGGAUGA